AUGAUUUGGAUCAAGACUCUUUCUUUACUGCUGCUGCCGGCUUUAUUUAUGAAUUCGGUUAUGACAACAGGCUUUGCGGAAGAAACUGUUUUGAACCAUGAUGACGACCCGGAUCCUGGUCGUGAGAAGUACAUUUGGAAUCCGUUUCCGGGCUUCUGCGGCGAGAAUGCCACCAAGUCUAGAUGUGCUGGAGUGUGUCCCGAAACCUGUGGCUUUAAGUCGCUCAAGUGCCCCAACUAUUGCGGUGUGAAUUGCAUUUGCAAACCUGACUAUGUCUUCGAUGAAAAACUACAGCUGUGCAUCCUAAAAUCGGAUUGUCCUCAGGAUAUAAAACAAGAAGUUGUGGAAACCCAUCGUGUGUUUCAGUAG